AGAGCAAUCGAUGCCGGAGAGAGGCGUGAGGAGGCGGGCAUGAGGCCGGCAUGGAGGCGGGAGGGCCGCGGAGGCGCCUGGUGCACCUGGACCUGAAGGGCGCUCCGCCCCGUGCCUGCUACCUGGCGGAGGUGCUGCCUCUGCUCCGCGCCCUGGGCGCCACGGGGCUGCUGCUGGAGUACGAGGACACCUUCCCCUAUGCAGGGCCGCUGGAGCCGCUGCGGGCCCCCCACGCAUACAGCCCCUCGGAGGUGCGGGCGGUGCUGGGGCAGGCCAGGGCCCAGGGGAUGGAGGUGGUGCCGCUGGUGCAGAGCUUCGGGCACAUGGAGUUUGUGCUGAAGCACAAAGAGUUCUCACAUCUCCGGGAGGUGAAGGUGUUUCCCAACGCUCUCAACCCGCACAAGGAGGAGUCACGGGCACUGGUCAAAGCUAUGAUUGACCAGGUCAUGGCACUACAUGAAGACUUAAAAUGGUUUCACAUUGGAUGUGAUGAGGUCUACUACCUGGGCGAAGGAGAGGAGUCCAAGCAGUGGCUGCAGCAACAAGACAAUACUCCAGAGAAGCUGUGUUUAUCCCACAUAAAAGUAGUUGCAAGUAUUGUGGUCUCAUCUUACCCCAGAGUGACACCCAUUGUGUGGGAUGACAUGCUCAGAGGGAUAAGUGAGGAAACAUUGGCAGAGUCUGGGGUCCCACAGCUUGUGCAGCCAAUGAUCUGGGACUACACAGCAGACCUUGAUGUGGAGAGCAAAGUGUGUCUUGUAGAGAAGUAUCGUAGAUGUGGCUUCUCCAAGGUGUGGUUUGCCAGUGCUUUUAAAGGAGCUACAGGAGUGAAUCAGUCUCUAACCCUUAUUGGACACCAUUUAAGAAACCACCUUCAGUGGCUGAAAGUGGCAAGCAACAGCCCCACUGAUGUCCUUGAAGGUAUUGUGCUGACUGGGUGGCAAAGGUAUGAUCACUUCUCUGUUCUGUGUGAGCUUCUUCCUGUGGCAAUUCCAUCACUGGCUGUAUGUCUCCAGACACUAGAGAAUGGUGGCUAUUCUGCAAAGAUCAAAGAAAACGUGGAAAAGCUCCUGGGAAUGACCAACCUGGAAACUGAUACUUUCAUGAGCACGAGUCUGGGGACUUUUCCUGGGAGCAAUAUCCUUACUCUUGUGACACAAGUUAGCUUCUACCUCAAGUCAUCAGUGGAUGAACUUCUUGAAAGGAACAAGUAUGUCACAGGCUGGUUCAGCCCAUACCACAGAAAAAGGAAGAUUAUUCAUCCUAUAAUAAUGCAUCACUUCCAGCCAGAUGCAGUAAGUCUUCUCUCCAAGUGGAAUGCUGUGGUGCAAGACCUCCAAGCAGCCAUGGAGCAAGUUUUCCACAAGUGUACUAUAGAGGAGUGGAUGGAGGAGAAUGUCCAGCCCAGCCUACAGAAGCUGCAGGAAGUGAUGAAUGAUUUAGAUAAAGCAAUAAAAGCACAAAAUUAGGGGCAUCUCAAUUAGUCUGUCUUACUCCAUGGGAAAAUAUGGCUAGUGCAAAUUUUAAGCAAGUCCUAUGGCCAGAGAUUGGCAUCUUCAGAGGUGAAACAACUGUGAUUAAACAAAAGUGACCUGAAGGCAUAAAGGAAUUUAUUAGUGUAAUAAACUUCAACUUUCUUUUAAUUUUCCUGUCUUAACACAUUGUUGAGCCUUAAUUCAGCUGCUCUGGAAGUCAGAUUUGCUCCCUUUGCAUAACAGAAUGCAGGAGUGAGAAUUCAGCUAUAUUACAAAGCAAGGGAAAAACCCAAUUUAUUCCAUUGUAGUAACAUACUCUCUGUAUAACAGUGGCCUGGAAAUGUUCUGCAAGUUUUACUAUAGUCAGCAGCCAACAUGUCAUCCCAUUUACAUUUUCUAUAAAACAAAAGGUUUAGUAUACUUUAAACAAGCUUUAAGUCCUUAUGGUCUGUACUGUGACUCCUUUGUCUUUCAGCUCUGUUGAGGUGUGUUCUACCAUUACAUCAUGGCAAAUCCUUCCACAGCACUUAGCAGCUUUGUUCCACAUUUUGUUUCGGAUUUUUUCAGUCUUUGAAACAUAUAAGAACACCGGUCUUAAAUCCAGCUUUGAUUAGCUUGGGACCAGGAAGUUAACAUCCAGUUUUUUGCAGGACUCUGAGCAAUUCUAGAUGCUCAGCAUGUUGCAGCAGAUGUGUGGAGGAACAUGUCCCAUCACAAUAGAGAGGGAGCUGCAGAAAGGGGUUUGUUACCCACAGUCAGUAACACUUGGGCUGUCAGAGGAAACUGCCUUAAUGUGUAGGACUUGUGGCUUUUUGCCAGAUCAUCAUCUAAGCUAAGCAGAGCUUCAUCCCCACAGAAAAAACACAUUGCUAUGUAAAACGUGACCAAGACUGCAGGUUCAUCUAAAUUUCAAGCAUAAGUCUACCAGAUAUGAGGGAAAAAUGCUGAACUGCAUUCUGAUUUAAUAUUGAACUUCUAAUAAUGUAUAGUGAUAAAUUUUGUGGGCUUCACUGGAGCACUCAUAUAGUCACCACAUGGGAAAGUAUUU